AUGACUAGCAUUCCUACUACUUCAAUCCUGGUAAACAGAGCCUCUAAGUAUAAGCUUAACAAUGAUAAGCUAAUUCCAGUAAUUGGAUACGGGCUUUAUUUGGUUCCAAAAGGAGAUGCCGCCAGACUCACUUACGAAGCAUUAAAGGCUGGGUACAGACAUGUUGAUACUGCUGAAUAUUAUAAUAAUGCAGUUGAAGCUGCCCAGGGGGUUGCUAGCUUCUUAAAUGACCACCCUGAAGUAGAAAGAGGUGAUAUCUGGUUCACCACAAAGCUUACAAACGAACAACAAGGUUAUGAAGCAACUGUUGCAGCACUUGAAAAGAUUGGUAAGGAAUUGAAACCUUAUAUCAAAUAUGUGGAUUUGGUUCUUUUGCAUUCUCCUUUGACAUCUAAAGAGAAACGUCUAGGAAGUUGGAAAGCGCUUCAAGAACAUACUGUUGAUAACGAUGCCCUUUGGGUAAAGUCAAUUGGGGUUUCUAAUUUUGGUGUAGACCAUUUGAAGGAGUUAUUUGAAGCAGAGCACUUUUAUAUCAAGCCAGUGUUGAACCAAUUGGAAUUACAUCCUUGGUUGCCCAGAGUUGAGUUGAGACAGUUUCUUGUUAAACACGACAUUUUACCUGAAGCUUAUUCACCAUUGACUCAAGGUUAUAAGUUGGAUGACCCUGAAUUGGUGAGUUUGGCUGAAAAGUAUAAGGUUAAUAAGGUGGAGAUCUUGUUGAGAUGGGCUUUUCUUCAAGGAUUCAUUGUAUUGGUUAAAUCCAACAAGCCAGAAAGAAUUGCCCAAAACAUUGAUGUUCUUCCUGUGGAUACUUAUGGUAAAAUAGAUUUGGAAUUGGAGAUUUUGGAUGCAUUGGAUAAGCCUGAGUCUAAUGAAGUUUUGACUUGGGGUAAUGUUGAUCCAACUUUGUUCAAGGACACAUAA